AUGGACAGCCUUCGGGCUGUCCUGACGCGGAUGGUCGGCCUCGCCGUGCUACCUGCUUCGCUGCCCGGCAACGCGCCGGGUACGAUCGACGACUUCUGUUGCGCUCCGCUCGAGACCAUACGCGGCUGGCGCUUUGCGCUUGUGUGGGCGCUCACCCGACAGAUCCUCGGCUGCCGCAAGCUGGAGGUGCCCGACGAUACGCAGCUCGCGCGCCUCGCCGCCUCGCGCGCCCGCUACGUGCAGCGCGGCUGGGAGGAGGUCAAGAUCCAGACGGCCGACGGCCUGCUCCUCGACGCGAUGACGAUCGAGCCCGGGCUGGCGCGUGCGAGGAGCGGCUCGCGGUACGCGCGUGGCGCGUCCAGGCGCGGCGGCGCGCCGCGGUGGGUCCUGUGGAUCGGCGGCAAUUUUCAAAAGUACGAGGACUGGCUGUCGUACUUUGACCUCUACUCGCGGGACGCGGACGUCGGCUUCGCGGCCUUCAACUUUCGCGGGGUGGGGGAGUCGGAGGGGGCGGUGCUGUGCUGCGACGACCUCCUCGCGGAUGUGGCCGCCUGCGUCCGCCACCUGACGGAGCGGCACGGCACCAUCGCGGUGGCGGCGCUGCGCGGGCUCGGCUGGGAGCUGCACGCCGAGGCUGCCCUCGAGCAGGUUGCCGGCCGCAAGCUCCUCCUCUACCACCGCGAGGACAACGUCGUCCGGUACGCCGAGGCGGGCCUACACGCGUCCCUCGCGCGGCAGGGCGCCCUCGAGCGGGACGCCUCCUUCCGGGCGAUGGAGAUCACGUCGUACGGCGCCGAGGGGUGGGCCGUGCACGACUUCCCGCUCUGCACCCACGAGCGCACAUGGACCAACCUCAUGCAGGGCGUCGCGUGGGCCUUCGGAGACCAGUGA